AAUGUGACAGGUAUUUUAUUUUUUAUCAAAUUAUUUUCUUAUCUAAUUUUAAAAUAAAUUAUGUAUUAAUGAUUUGAUAAAAAUAAGACAGUGAUUAAAAAAAAAUUAUUUAUUCAUAUGGGGUAGUGGGGUCUUGAGCUAAGCCUUAGCUAAGCCUUGAAAAUCUUAAUGACAUAAUGCUUUUCAAAUUCUCCUACUGCAAUAAUUCUUGCUAAGAAGAAUGGCCAUGUGGUAGCAAUUCCACCGAAGGUAACGUGCACUAAAAAUAUUCUCCGCGAAGUCUCUGAGGAAAUUACAACACUCGUGACUAGAAAUUUGCAGAUUAAAAUGACAAGAUUGCAGAUGCCACCUUUUGAAAUGAAUCCCGAGAGGACAGGCUUCACCAGAUUGUUGGAGGAAAUGAAGGAGUCAGAGAUGAGGUGCUAUGGGGUGGUUGUUAACAGCUUCUAUGAACUUGAGGAGGUAUAUGCAGAUCAUUACAGGAAGGUGCUUGGAAGAAAAACAUGGCAUAUUGGUCCACUGUCUUUUAGCAACACAGAUAUUGAAGAAAAAACACAUAGAGGAAAAGAGGUAUCUAUCAAUGCACAUGAGUGCCUAAAAUGGCUUGACAUGAAGGAACCCAGUUCAGUUGUUUACCUGUGCUUUGGAAGUCUGGUAAAAUUUCCUGAUUCUCAACUCAGAGACAUUGCUACGGGUCUUGAGGCUUCAGGUCAACAAUUCAUAUGGGUCGUGAGGAAAAGCAAAAAAGAUGGAGAAGAGAGAGAGGAAUGGCUACCUGAAGGAUUUGAGAAGAGAAUGGAAGGGAAGGGACUAAUUAUAAGAGGAUGGGCACCUCAAGUGUUAAUUCUUGACCAUGAAGCAAUUGGAGCGUUUGUGACUCAUUGUGGAUGGAAUUCAACUUUGGAAGGAGUGAGUGCUGGGGUACCAAUGGUCACUUGGCCCGUGGGUGCAGAAUUUUACAAUGAGAAGUUGGUGACUGAGGUACUUAAAAUUGGUGUACCUGUUGGAGCAAAAAAAUGGGUCAGAUUGGUGGGGGAUACUAUUAAAUGGGAGGCAGUGGAGAAGUCUGUGAAGAGGAUAAUGGAAGGGGAGGAAGCAGAGGAACUGAGGAACAAAGCGAAAUUGCUUUCACAGCUAGCUAGGCGGGCUGUGGAAGAAGGAGGAUCAUCUAACUCAGAUUUGAAUGCUUUAAUUGAGGAGUUGGGCUCGCUCAGGCACUGAUAUAUCCAUAAAAAUACUCUGCAUUUAUGUGCUCUACCUCCAAUAUGUCCAAUUGAUGUGGAGUAUAUCCUCAUGUAUGCAGUGAGGUAUAGCACAAAUCAGAUAUAAUUAUUCUCUAUCAUCGUAUGAUAAAAUUUUCCAUAUAUAUAUAUAUUUAUAGGGGCAGGAUAUUCUUAUAUUAAUGUAAGAGUUAGAAAUCUUACAUACAAUCUUGAUCAUUGAUUCACUUGUAUCCAAUGGCUCAUAUUAUUAAAAAAUUAGAGUCUUUGGAUAUAAGUGGGAUCAAUGGUCAAGAUUGAGAGUGUAACUUAACACUGGUGUACAAUGAU